CGUGAGUGAGUGGUAAACGAUGAUCGUGGAGUGAAGUGAACUGACAUGACGUUACGUUAUCAUUAAAUAUUGAAAUAUCAAUUAUCAAUCAACGAUUACGAUUCACGAUUCACGAAAAUUUGGAGCUGCUAUGAACUGUGAAGCGUGUAGACUUUAGACGUUUAUUAAUUAUUAGUAUCAUAUUGCGAUGUUUUGACUGCAAACAUUGCAAUUGACGUUUAUCAGAGACUAACAAGCAACCGUACAAAAAAGCGUGAUGAGAUUUAUUAUAUAGCAUUUGAGUUUUUUUACCAAGUCAGAAUUGAUAUAAAAUGUGGCACGAAGCAAGAAAACAAGAGAAAAAAAUCCGCGGUCUAUUGGUCGAUUACCAAAGGCGAGCGCAACGACGAAAAGAUUAUUAUGAAAAAAUAAAAGCAGAUCCAACACAGUUUUUACAACUGCACGGUCGUCAAUGCAAAAUACACAUUGAUCCAGGCAUUGCAAUUGCUGCUAACAGCCCAGCAACUAUGAUGCCUUGGCAAGGAAAUGACGAAAUAAUGAUUGAUCGAUUUGACGCUAGGGCUCAUUUGGAUUUUAUUAGAGAGGUAAUAAAUGACGAUAGUGAAGAAGAAUUAUCAAACGAAGAGCGUCUACUCAAUUAUGAACGUUAUAGAAUUUUAGUUCAAAACGAGUUCUUAGCAAUGCCAGAAAGUAAAUUUUUACAUCAACUCUUUUUAGAAGAAAAAUUUGGGCCAGUAGGCAAACCAGACACAGAUGAUAACAAAAAAAAGUCUGCUGCAAAUGCAGCCAUCCCAUAUAAAUAUAAUAAUGAAGAAGAUACAACAACUAUUGAUGAUUCUAAAAAGUAUUUAGAUAUCAAAACAAAAACAGAAAGUUCUGACGAAUCAGAUGAAGAGAGUGAAAUGGAUUUUGAUUUAUCUAUUGAUAUUACUAAAAUUAGUACUGAUCAAGCUAACGAAUUGAAUUCGACAGCACACAAUUUCGGAAUGACUACAAAUGAUUUUUAUAGUUUUCUUAACAACGACAUCGAAGAAGCAGAGAAUAUUCAGUUGACACGCUUGGCCGAAGAAGAAAAAGCCAUGUUUGCUGGAAGGAGAUCAAGAAGAGAACGGCGUGCAUUUAGAUUAAAAGCUUUAGAAGGCAAAGCGUUGAGUCCACUGAGUUACGCCACUCGGAAAAGUCCUAGUUAUACUGAUUUUGAACAGCUAUCCUCAAUGAUAACAUCACGUUCACCGACUCCUGAAAACACAGGUCAGGUAACUUACAUAACAAGUUUUGGAGACGAAGAACAAGCACUAACAAGUGAUAAAUCAAAAACCUCAAAAUCAAAAUCUACCUCUAAGCAUUCGUCAUCUAGAAGAAAAUGUUCUCGAACAAGAUCGCCUCGCCGAAGGUCCAGAUCACCUAUUAAAAAUCAUUCUCGAGAGCACAGAUCACAAAGUAAAAACAAAUCUGUUUCGCCACCCAGAGAACCUAAACCUCAAUCGCCACCAGCCCAAAAGCCGCCGCCCGUUCAGCGCUAUUAUGGUCGUAGAGGUAAAGAUUCAUCAUCGGAGUUAAGUUUAUCUGAAGACGAAACCAAAAAAGAUAAAAAGAAUACAAGUAAAAUUAUAACUCCGUUACGUGAUCCAAGUUUAGCGUCUUUUAGUAAAAAACUGAGUCAAAGUGACAAAAAACCUACGCCGCAAGAGAUAAUGAAAAGAAAAAUGAAAGUUUUACUAAACAAACAAUAUAAAGCGGACAAAAAAGCACAACGUGAAAGAGAGUUAAAAAUGGAGCGCGAACAAAUAGAACGGGAAGAGGAAAUAAAAGAGUUAUCCUUAAAAAUUAGAAGACGGAGACGGCAAUUACGUCAUCCCGAUAACAGUUCCCCGUUGACUUCUUCGUCAUCAUCGUCAUCUCGUUCGACAUCACGAUCAAAGUCUCGUAGUUCCAUUAGCUCAAGUUCUAGUUCAAGUUAUUCCAGGUAUAGAAAACGCAGGUGUAGAACUAGAUCAAGGAGCAUAGUCCGCCACAGGUCAAAAAGCACCGAUCGUAGACGCCGAUCUAGAAGCGAUGAUCGGAGAAGGCCAAAGAGAAGUGAAGAACGGGAGCGCUACAGAAGAGAUGAUAGACGUGACUAUGAUCGUAGAGAUGAUUAUCGUUCACGUCAUAGUCCUGAGAGAAGAGACAGACGAGGUGACAGACGAGAUAGUCCGGUCAGAAGAGAAAUCAAACCAAGAGAAAGUCCAGAUCGCAGAAAAAAAGAAAUUGUUGACAAUCGUCCGGUGGCGAAAAUUACGUACGAAGCGAGUCCUAAACGUUAUAUACCCAGUACAAAAACACAAACUAACUCUCAAUCUAAACCUUUAGUGGAUUAUUGACAGUAACUCAAUGCAAACAGUCAAGACUAUCACUAUAACGUAUUAAUUUUUCUAGAUAAAUCUAGUUAACUUUUCUACUUAAGUUUAAAUCAGCUUUAUUAAUUAUUUGUCGUCCGAUACGACACCUAAGUAUCUUUUACUAAGAUUUUUUUCUUUUGUUUUAACUAUUAGAAAUAAAUAAUUCAAAACAAUUUUAUAGUAUGGGUUGUAUU